AUGUCGAACGUUAGUCACACACCGUUAGGAUCACCACAGCAAAUAUUUAUUUGUCAUUUCUGUUUUGAAGAAUUUCAUCAAAAAUAUGAAUUAACACAACAUUUUCAAAGUCAAAAUUGUAGCAAAAAGUCAUUAGUUGUUGAAACAUUGUUAAAUGAUGAUCUUGGUACUGAGCAAAUGAAAAAAGAUCCAAAUACAUCUAAUCAAUCAGUAAUAGUAUUGAACGAUUCUUUGUGUGCCGAUGUUGAUUAUAAGGGAUUAGAACUAUUAAAUGCACUCAAAUUAAAUCGAUUAAGUGACUUGGAUGAUUCACAACAACAUUUACUACAAAAUCAAGAUAUCAUCAUUGAUGUCGAUAGUCAUUUUCAGAUAGAUAUUAAUGAUGAAACACAUGUUUCAUCAUUGAAAGAAAUUCAAAAUUCAUUUCAUAUAUCUCCACGAUACAACGAACAUCAAGCAACUGAUAGUCUUACAGGAAAUGAUGAAAACUCAUGGUGUCCAUCUAUUCCAUUUUCUUGUAAACAUAGUCGUCGUUUAUUAGACAUGCGUAAUCAUCAGUUAUCAUCAAUUUUUUUGGAUGAUAUUAUUGAUCAACCAAUGUGCAAUUCAGACGUAGACGAUACCUCCGAUCCUAGCCGUACCACGGAACUUCUCACUUCACAUCCGUGUAACAUAUCAAUAAAUAGUAAAAUCCCGUUACAUAUAUAUAAAUAUUCACGUUAUGAGCGUAAAUUGUUUUACAAAAGUGUUAAAAAAGUUAUAUUGAAAAAAAAUUUUACGGAAUCAUCAGCCGGAACAUUUUACAGUAAAAAUAUGUCUCUCGAUAAUAGUAAUAAUAAUAGUAGUAGUAGUAAUAGUAAUAAUGUCAAAAAGAGAAAACAACAACAAUACUCAUUAAAUAUCGUUCAUAAUAAACCGAUUAAAUUUCAACGUUUAUCUUAUCACGAACGUUGUGUAACACGUCGUUCAUAUCGACAAUUAACAACCACUUUUCCACUUUUAUUGGAUCCAUUGUUUUCUACAUUUGUGUCGUAUGAAAAACGUGAUGAAGAGCAGCAAGAGAAUGAUAAUAAUGAUGAUAAUAGAAAUUAUCCAGAUAAAUCCUAUCAUUGUUUUUUGAAAAAGUAUUCAAACGUUUUAGAAAAUAAUUUUCAUUUAUUAAAUUUAAUUGCUAGUCAAGAAUUUCAACUAGUCGUUAGUAGUACACAAGAUAAUAAUCGUCUUUGUCGUCAGAAGAGUCUAUUAGAUGUAUUACGACAAUAUUUAUAUGCUCAUUCUGCUAUUGAGACUGUUGAUAAUGUGAAACGCAGUUUCUUAAUUAAAAACAAUGAUAAUACUGAUGACACAACAUCAACUGCGAAUAACAAUAGUUUAUUCGUUCCCCCACUCAAAAUUAGACGGUAUAAUUCUCAAAUAUUAUCAAAUAGCCACCCUCAUCAAGGCAAACAAAAACAUGUAUCAACUUCAUUAUCGACAAUGAAUGAUCAACAACAAAGAAAUGGUAGUCUUCUCAGUGUUGGGAGAAAUAGUCGUUCAACAUCACCAGCUCAUUCAUCGAGUUCAAACAGUUCAUCAAUUAAUUCUUCAUCCAGAUCAUCAGGAACAUCGGGUGAAUUUCAUAUAAAUAAACGUUUUGCAUCCACAUUCUCUAAUUCUCGACGUGGCAUUAGACAACGGCGAUUAGCACCGAAAGCAGCAGCACUUCUUGAACAAAAACAAAGUCGGGAAAUGGACGACAUAUCACCGUCAAAACUCAAUCAAACUUCAACAACCGCUAUGUUACCAUUAACUAUCCGUCGAUCGCCAUCUGGUAAUUUUUAUUAUGAUAAAUCGAUACCAUUGUCAUCUGUCCCUUCAACAAUAAGUAAUAAUAGUUCACAAGAGCAAGUAAUUGAGCCAAUAAUUCAGUCCAAUUCAUUUAAUGGCAAAACAAAUUCAUCCGAAGAACAAGCAAAAGAACGAGUGGAAAAUCUAACAAAUUCAAUAUCGUUAUCGGAUUAUGAUUUGUUUCCCGCCCCAGAGUAUAAAAAUACUCUAAUUUCACCGUCUACAUCCAUCUCUCCCACAACUUCUCAAACACCGACUGAAAUUCUUCCAACGACUGUCGUCAAUCGAGAACCAAUUCCCAAACUUCGAAUUGUUUCAUCUGCAACUACGAACGGUCUAAGUGCUACAAUUGUUCCACAAUUGUCAAAAAAUAAUAAGACAAGUAAUAAUGAGUGUGCCGUUGAUCAAAAUAAUAGCGAAAAAGAUGAAAAUCAUAGUAAAGACAAACAAAAGAAUAAAAAAACAAAGUUUGUUAAAUCAACAGUUAAAAAAACAACCGAACGAACACAUUUAAAUCGUCCAUUUAAACAGCAGCAACAACGAACGAGAGAAACAUCAGAAACAUGUGUGGAACAAUUUUCAAUUAAAAAUACUGAUGACUAUUCAGAAAUAUCUAUUGUACCAAAACCAUUACGUUCAACAUCGUUAGAAAUUGCUCAUGGUUGGUUGUCAAAUAAUGUUUUUUCAAAAUGUCACGUAUGUGGCGAAGAAGAUUGGUAUGUAACAACAUCAACAGAAUGUAUGCGUUUACAUAUAUCAUCGAAACAUGCAAAUUUGGAAGAUAAUUUUAAACGUCGUUUAUCAAAUUAUACAAAUCGUCAUCAACGACAUUUAAGAAUAUUUCAACAUCAUUUAAAAUAUCAACAAUGUUGGAGUGAGGAACAAAUAACAAAUAUAUUUCAAAUAGCUGAUUUACAAACAACACCACAAAUAAAUACAUCAAUAUUAAAUGAAUGUGAUUAUAAUACAACAAGACGACUAUGCCGGUCACACAUCGAGUCUACAAGCAAUUCUUAA